CAGAGUUUCAGAGCAUGUUCAUGGGAAAAGGAGGACUCCCACAGACAUCGUCAGCCAUGUCCAUCGCCAAGGCCGCAGCUCAUGCCAUGCUCACGGACGCCCUUCUCCCAGAGCAUCCUGGGAUAAACCGUGUGUCCCAUCUGGAGCUGGAGCUUCCUCUGGAUAAGGUCAUCAAGUACGUGUCUGUGGGACUGCCCCUGAUGCUCGUCUGCAUGGCCUUCGCUCGAGAGAUCUCCCUCGGGCCUCAGAUCAGCUGCUUCCCUCCCAGUAACUUCACGAUCAAACAGGCUGCGUAUGUGGACACGUACUGCUGGGACUCCCUCAUGCAUCACGAGUUCGACAGCGACGGAAAUUUUGAAGAGCGCUCGUUGUGGGUGCACAAAAUGUUCCCAUACUCGCUUCUCGCCAUGGCGGUGCUCAUGUACCUGCCCGCGCUCAUCUGGAGGCAGCUGGUGAUGCCCGCUCUGGGGUCAGACCUGCUCUUUAUUAUGGAUGAACUGGACAAGUCGUACAACCGCUCCAUCCGCCUGGCACAGAACAUCCUGGAGCUGCGCCAAAGCACCAAGAACCCGCUCACCUUCCAGGCCGAGCUCGACCGGGCUAAGAAGAAGCGCUACUUCGAAUACCCUCUGCUGGAGCGCUACAUGCGAUGCAAACAGCAGUCCUACUUCUUGGUUAGCAUGUUGUUCCUCCGCGGCUUCCUUUUGCUAACUUUUAUGACGGCAGCGUGUUUGUACCUAGCGUACUUCCACCUGUCCGCCUUCCUACAAGAUGAGUUCAGCUGCUUCGUGCGUACCGGGAUGCUACGAGAUCAAAACUGGAUUCCCGAGCUUGUACAAUGCAAAAUGAUUGGACAGUUGGUCUUCCAGGUGAUUAGCGUAGCCAACGGCGCUAUCUACGUCCUGCUAGCACCAAUCGUCGUGUUUAGCUUGGUUCGCCUGUUCGUUUGGGACACUACUUUUCUGUCGGUCUACCAAGUCCUCCCCGCUUUGGACAUCAUGAAUCAACGGAAACUCGGAUGUGCUUUGAAUGAUUUGAACGUACUUAUGUUGUUUUUGCGCGCUAAUGUGGCCCACCUGAAGUCAUACGGGCAAGUGAGGGCUCUGUGCUCGCUAGCGCCGCCACAGGUUGGGAAUGCAACAGCAGGCCAAGGGAUAAACGCAAUGCUGACCCAAGAGGAGAUGGAGGAGCGGGAGGAAGCAGCGAGGGAGUUAGCAGAAGAGGUGGAGGAGGCUAAAGAGGAGGGCAAAGUGGACCUGGUGGAUAUCAUGACGAUCCUGGGAGCAGCACAGGGGAGAGUGGUGAACUGCAGUGAACAGCGCCCCCUGGUGGAGCAGAAUAUGAGCCUGGAGUCUAAGCACCAGGGUUACCACGAGCUGAAGGAGACCGCCCCCUAUGGUCAUUACUAGGCCUCGUCUGGACUGUGGGGAAUGUGGGGGAUGGACAGUGUUUUUGAAGUACAGGCUGAUGUCCUGAUGUUAUUGGAUUGUAAUGGAAACAGUAAAUUCUCGGUAAGAUUUCGAUGACUUGAAUUAGGUACACUGUGUAACUUUUCUGGUGGGGUCCUGCGUGUCUCCAUGGAGAUGUUAUCGUCUGGAAUGUUGCACGGUAUGAGAUUAAAUCUGUCUAUUGUAUAAGAGGUGUUUUAUUGCUCAAAAUACAAAGAAUAUCAUAUAUUCUCACUGUGAGUUGGGUCACCUCUCCACAGUUGUGACUUGGCCUGUUAUUAUCACCUGUUUGUCUCCAUGGAUAUAGAUAAGAAAUGAAUUAAUGCCAUGAACCUCUUUUCCACUGGCAUGGCUCGCUUAGGGCCUUGGAGUGGGUCUAUUCUAUGUGGCUCCCUCCAGUCGAGUUGUGUUUCCAUGCUCUGGGCAGGGCUCUGCUCCACGAAACGCUGAUGUCACCCAAACAUUACAAAAGUUUUCUUCAUAAAUAAAAUCAAAAUCACAUUUGAAUUAAACUUUAAUCAUAAAGCCGAUUUCAAUGAUUUGUAAAAAGAUAUAGCUGAAGCAAAUGUAAACAUGAAACUACUUCUGGUUUAUCGUCAGCUUUUUCUGCAUUUAUUUCACUUCUCUGUCUCUCCACUGAAUUUUAACCUUUCUUUAUGCAUCUGUGCUUUGUUUUACGGCUCCACAUAUAAAAUUGCAAUAAUUGGAAAUACAGCAUCAAGUCAGUUUUUAGUGAGAGAUUAUUAUGUUGUUUAUAUCUGCUUUUUGUGGUCUUGAGUCUGCGUUCUCUCUUGCCCAAUCAUCUCAUUUCUUGUGUAGCCACGCCUUAAACUAAAGCCGUAUCUUUCUGACCCCAUCUGGGAGCUAGUACUUUCCAGGGUCCAGCGCUUCAGACCCCUCAGACGGGACAGUAUGGUUCACUUUAGACAGUGGAGACACUUAUGACCUGUACCGAUCCAAAUCCAAAAUGAACCAGUGGAAACGAGGCUUUACUGUGGUACAUUUUAGACAAAGCAACAACCUUGAAAUCACCUUCUCUGGAAAGGUUACACAGAGUACUUUUAAAAUAUUUAGGUUUUUAUCUUGAUUUAAAUUUAAAAAAAAAGAAACUAAACUAAACUUUUUUUUUCUUAUUUUGCUUUUAGUAAGAAAAACAUGUAUUGUAUUUUAUGUGUUUUAUCUUACUUAGACAUUUUUUGCAGUGAGAAUUGAUACUUUAAGGGUUUCGAGUGUUUGGAUGUGAAAGUGUUGGUAGAAAGCAAAAGUAAGUGAAGUUGAAAAAGUUUGUCCAGUGCUAAAAAACAAUGCUUGUGCCAAACCUGCAGUGGUACUUUGUGAUGGACUGAUCCUUAAAACGUUUCAUGAAUUAACACAAGAAAUAUCUAUAUCAGAGAAUAGUAAAGAUUAUGGACUAAAUAUGAGAUGUGUUCAAAUGAAACAAAACAACACAAUCCACGUGUGAUUUUGUCAAAGAUACAGCAUCAUAAUUUAAACAACUAUAUUUUUAAAAAGUAGGCAGUUCAAUUUGUUUUAGGAGGGAUAAAAGUAUUUCUUCAAACGUUUACCCAUCAUAAUAGAACAUAAGAGGAAUUUCUGCUGUAAGACUAAACCUUAGACUGUAUAUAUAAAUGGACAAACAGGAAGUGAUCACGGGCGCGCUUCAUGCUCCAUCGACUCUGGCUCCAAUUCACUUUACAUUGAAACUGUGGCCCCUCUCUCUGUAACUGCUGCCCCUUGACUUGAGCCG